AUGGUAGGUUUCAACUCUCAAUCCUACGGGAUGCAAUCCAUGCUCAAAGAAGGUCACAAGCAUCUCUCCGGUCUCGACGAAGCCGUUCUCAAAAACAUCGACGCCUGUAACCAACUCUCCACCAUCACCCGCACUUCCCUCGGCCCCAACGGGAUGAAUAAGAUGGUUAUAAAUCAUUUGGAUAAACUUUUUGUGACGAAUGAUGCUGCUACGAUUGUGAAUGAACUUGAAGUUCAACAUCCUGCUGCUAAGAUUUUGGUGUUGGCUAGUAAGGCGCAACAGGAGGAGAUUGGUGAUGGUGCUAAUUUGACUAUUUCUUUUGCCGGCGAGUUGCUUCAUGGUGCCGAGGAGCUUAUUAGGAUGGGUUUGCAUCCUAGUGAGAUUAUUAGUGGAUAUACCAAAGCUAUUAAUAAGACUGUUGAAAUAUUGGACGAACUUGUUGAGGAAGGUUCAGACAAUAUGGAUGUCCGUGAUAAGGAGCAAGUUGUUUCUCGAAUGAAAGCAGCUGUUGCCAGCAAGCAAUUCGGUCAAGAAGAUACUAUAUGCUCCCUUGUUGCUGAUGCAUGCAUCCAAGUGUGUCCAAAAAAUCCUGUAAACUUUAAUGUGGACAAUGUUCGUGUUGCAAAACUCUUGGGAGGAGGCCUGCGUAACAGUACAGUUGUUCGGGGAAUGGUUCUGAGAAAUGAUGCUGUUGGUAGUAUAAAGAGAAUGGAAAAGACAAAGGUUGCUGUGUUUGCGGGUGGAGUUGAUACAUCUGCAACUGAAACUAAAGGAACUGUUCUCAUACAUUCAGCUGAGCAGCUAGAGAAUUAUUCAAAAACUGAGGAGGCUAAAGUAGAGGAGCUCAUCAAGGCAGUAGUUGAUUCUGGUGCCAAAGUGGUUGUAAGCGGAGGGGCAGUAGGAGAGAUGGCUUUACAUUUUUGUGAGCGUUAUAAGCUUAUGGUUCUGAAAAUCAGUUCUAAGUUUGAACUGCGUCGAUUUUGCCGUACAACCGGUGCUGUUGCUAUGUUGAAGCUUAGUCAACCAAAUCCAGAUGAUCUUGGAUAUGUCGAUUCUAUUUCAGUUGAGGAAAUUGGUGGUGCAAGGGUUACCGUUGUUAAAAAUGAAGAAGGUGGCAAUUCUGUGUCAACUGUUGUCUUAAGAGGAAGUACUGAUAGUAUACUUGAUGAUAUUGAAAGAGCAGUUGAUGAUGGAGUGAACACUUACAAGGCCAUGUGCAGGGAUAGCCGUAUUGUGCCUGGAGCUGCUGCAACUGAAAUUGAGUUAGCUAAGCGGGUGAAAGAAUUUUCUUUCAAGGAGACAGGAUUGGAUCAGUAUGCUAUAGCAAAAUUCGCUGAAAGUUUUGAGAUGAUUCCUAGAACUUUGGCUGAGAAUGGUGGGCUAAAUGCAAUGGAAAUUAUAUCUUCUCUCUAUGCAGAACAUGCAUCAGGAAACUCCAAAGUUGGCAUUGAUUUGGAAGAGGGUGUUUGUAAGGAUGUCACAACAACACAUGUUUGGGACCUCUACGUGACUAAGCUUUUUGCUCUUAAAUAUGCUGCUGAUGCUGCAUGCACUGUUCUACGGGUGGACCAGAUUAUUAUGUCUAAACCGGCUGGGGGACCUGGCAGGAGAGAGCAACCUGCUGGCAUGGACGAAGACUAA